AUGCGUCUCACAGCCGACUUAAUCCAAUCCUCCCUUUCCUAUCUCAAUCCGCUCAAGGAACGCGAAUUAGAUCUUCGAGGUCAUAAGAUUCCGGCGGUGGAAAAUUUGGGGGUUGCGGGGCCACACGACGCAAUCGAUUUCACAGACAAUGAUAUUCAACUACUCAGCAACUUCCCACUCAGUCCUCGUUUAAGGACGCUUCUCCUGGCUCGCAAUCGCGUCUCGAGUAUCUCACCUACGUUGGCGAAUUCGUUACCAAACUUGACCACGUUGGUUUUGACGAGUAAUAAUGUAGCUGAGUUGGCGGACUUGGAUGGAUUGGCUGGGUGUGCGAGGUUGACGAGUUUGGUUUUGAUGGAGAAUCCGGUGACUAGGAAGGAGCAUUACAGAGAAUGGAUUCUCUUUCGAUGUCCUAAUGUGCGAUUUUUGGAUUACAAGAAAGUCAAAGCUGUAGAGCGGGAAAGAGCUCGAGAGUUAUUUGGUACAUUUGCAGAACCAUCUGCUCUUGCAUCAAAGAUCAUGGGCAUUAAAUCUCACACAUUCGACACAUCCAGCAUCGCCAAUGGCGCAUCCACAUCCUCAAGUUCCAAGUCUUACCGCGUCAAGCUUACCGAUUCCGAACGAAAGAAGGUCGAAGAAUUGAUCAAGAAUGCAAAGAGUUUGCAGGAGAUUAUUAAAUUGGAGAAGGAGUUGAAUGAAGGAAGAGUUCCGGCGGCUGCGCAAGGCGAUGAUCCAAUGGAAGAAUAG